AUGAACCUCAUGCUGGGCCUGGGCCUGUUACUGGCAGGCCUCCUCACUGUGAGAGGUCUCCCGCAGGACAGAGAUGCUCCAGAUAUAUAUGAAUCUCCAGUCAAGAUCCAAGAGUGGAGGGGCAAGAAGGAUGCCCGGGAGCUUGCUCGACACAACAUGGAAUUUGGCUUCAAGCUACUACAGAGGCUGGCCAGCAACAGCCCUCAGGGGAACAUCUUCUUAUCUCCUCUGAGCAUCUCCACUGCCUUCUCCAUGCUGUCUCUGGGGGCCCAGAGCUCCACACUGGAGGAAAUCCGGGAAGGCUUCAACUUCAAGGGGAUGUCGGACAGUGACAUGCACAUGGGUUUCCACUACCUUCUCCACAAGCUCAACCGAGAGACACAGGACAUAAAGAUGAGUAUAGGCAAUGCUUUAUUUAUGGACCAGAAGCUGAGGCCCCAACAGAGGUUCGUGAAACUGGGCAGGACUGUGUAUGAUGCAGACAUGGUUCUCACUAACUUCCAGGACUUAGAAAACACUCAGAAGGAUAUCAACAAAUACAUCAGUCGGAAAACCCACAACAGAAUCAAAGACAUGGUCAAAAGCAUAGACCCAGGCACGGUGAUGCUUCUCACAAACUAUAUUUUCUUUCGAGGCAGGUGGCAAUAUGAAUUCGACCCAAAACAGACCAAAGAGGAGGAGUUUUUCAUAAAGAAGGGCAAGACGGUGAAGGUGCCCAUGAUGUUCCAAAGGGGCAUGUACGACAUGGCCUAUGACAGCCAACUCUCCUGCACCAUCUUGGAAAUCCCUUACCGGGGCAACAUCACAGCCACAUUUGUCCUUCCUGACGAUGGCAAACUGGAGAUGCUGGAGCAGGGCUUGCAGGCAGACAUCUAUGCCAAAUGGAAAAGCCUUCUCUCAAAAAGAUUGGUAGAUGUGUGGGUGCCCAGGUUCCACAUCUCCGCUACUUACAACAUGAAGAAGGUUCUGUCCCGCCUGGGCAUCAGCAAAAUCUUUGAGGAGCAUGGUGACCUCACCCGGAUCUCGUCUCAUCGGAGCCUGAAGGUGGGAGAGGCUGUACACAAGGCUGAGCUGAAGAUGGACGAGAAAGGCACAGAAGGGGCUGCAGGCUCUGGAGCCCAGACUCUGCCAAUGGAGAAUCCCCGAAAGAUGAGGCUAAACAAACCCUUCCUGAUGAUGAUUUAUGAGAAGCUCGUGCCUUCCAUGAUCUUCCUGGCAAGGAUUUAUGACCCUAGUGGGAAAUAA